AGGAGUCUUCGUAUAGCGAACUCAUAAAAACACUCGAAAGAAAUGUGAGUAAGCAAUUUGACCCUUUCAUGCUCGAAAUAUAUUCGCAUUAAUUAUCAUCAAUUUUAUUUAAAUUAUUGAUAUAAAAAUAUUGAUUUCUGAGAUAUGUUUUUCAAUUGCUUAGCAUGAAAGAGUUAAAAAAUUAACAACCAUGAUUGAUAGUUAUUAAAAAAUAAAAAAAAAUUAAAAAAAAUGGAAAAGUGCAUUACUUGAAGAAUUAAUUUAAAAAGAUGUAAAUAAAUGAGCAACACAACACAACGCAUUGUCAACAUUUAUUUAGGUAGCGAUCUUACGAAUAGAAAAUCACUAUAAUUUAAAAAUCAAUUACGAAUUGGAUAUUAAACUCAUGUGGUUUCAUAAUAUAUCACGUAGUCUCACAGAUAAACUUAAUUCUUUAUGGAAAUUAGCUGAAGCAUAUCAACCAACAGAAAAUGAAAUAAAACAAUUUGCUGAUCAAAUUUCAAAUUCGUGGACUUGUGUAAAUCGUCAGAUUUAUGAAAAAUAUUCUAAGAUUCGAAUGGCUAGUCGAACAUUACAUGGAGUACCAUUAUCAUUACUUCUGGAUAAGAUAAAAAAAGAAAUUUUUCUAUUGAAACAAAUUUGUGAAUCUGCUUAUGAUCAUGAAUACAUAUUAAAAGGGUACAAGUUAAUUAACGAAAGCGAAGAACUUAUAAACAUUUUAAAAAAGUGUGACAGCAAGUUACAGCAAUACUUGUCUAUAUCAAAUAUUACUCCACAUUUAAUAAAAUUGGAAUCUGCAAUUGACAAAUAUGUUACCAAUGUUGAAUUAUUACCUACAAAAAAAUCAUUUUUACCUGACUUAAAUAUUUUUUCGUUAGUUGCGAAAUUAUUGACUGGUGAAUUACUCGGUUAUGAAUCUAUAGAUCCUAAUUACGUUCUAAUCGAAAAUAUGCCUAAAAAACCGGUCUUUAUUAUCAAAAAUGUUAAACGUAAAACGAUUUAUCCAUAUUAUCCAACAUAAAAAGCAUUUGUAAUAUGUAUAUAGUUUUAGAUUUAAAAUAUUAAAAAUAUUCAAAAUAAACUAUUGUAUGUCUAGAUGUACAUAAUUCUUAAAUAAGGAUGAAUUUAAUUA